AUGUCGAUUCCAAGACCACCUCAGGAGUCGUGGGACUGCAUGCUCCCGGGUCCACCUUCCCGCAACAAUGGCGGAUCCGCCGACCUCAGCGCCUCCGGCCUCCUGGCCUACGCCUCCGGCAGCAGCCUCUCCAUCGUCGACUCCCGGUCCAUGCAACUGGUCUCGGUCAUCCCCCUCCCUUCUCCCUCCACCGCCUCUCUCUCCCCAUUCGUCACCUCCGUCCGCUGGUCCCCUCUCCCCCUCCGCCGCGACCUCCUCUCCCACGACCCUUCCUCCACCUCCCACCUCCUCCUCGCCGUCGGAGAUCGCCAGGGCCGCAUCCUCCUCCUCGACCUCCGCCUCAAAUCCCCACUUCUCGUCCUCGACUCCUCCAAGUCCGGCAUCCAAGACCUCUGCUGGAUCCAGACCCGACCCGACUCCUGGAUCCUCGCUUCCCUCUCCGGUCCCUCCCUCCUCUCCCUCUUCAACACCACCACCGGCCGCUGCUUCUUCAAGUACGACGCCUCUCCCGAAUUCUUCUCUUGCAUCCGCCGCGACCCCUUCGAUUCUCGCCAUUUCUGUGCCCUAGGCCUCAAAGGCUUCCUCCUCUCCGUCAUGGUCCUCGGCGACACUGAGGACCAAGUCGUAAUCAAGGAGUUCCAGAUUCGUCCUGACACUUCCGAAUUGGAGAGGAUGGAGAGAGACGUGGCCGCCGGCGGUGCUGCGUCCAGUUCAUUGUCGCCGGCGAUGGUGGUGUUCCCCAAGUAUAUAGCAAGGUUCGCGUUUUCCCCGCACUGGAAGAACAUUCUGUUCGUGACGUUUCCUAGAGAAUUGGUUGUGUUUGAUUUGAAAUACGAGACCACAUUGUUCAGCGCGGGGCUGCCACGGGGUUGUGGCAAAUUUUUGGAUGUGUUGCCGGAUCCAAAUAUUGAGUUGCUGUAUUGUGCUCAUCUUGAUGGGAGGCUUAGUACAUGGCGGCGCAAAGAAGGAGAACAGGUUCACAUAAUGUGUAUGAUGGAAGAAUUGAUCCCCUCAAUUGGCACAUCUGUCCCUUCUCCCACUGUUCUUGCAGUUGUCAUCUCCCAAUCAGAUUCCAUCCUUCAAAAUAUUGCCAAGCUUUAUUCCGAUAUUUCUCAUACUUCUUCCCCUGAUGAGGAUUUUGAUACUCCUCUUGAUUUUUGUGAUGAAUCUCUUCUCAUUUCUAAGAUACAUUUGCUAUCCAUUUCUGAUGAUGGAAAAAUUUGGAACUGGCUCCUGACCGCUGAAGGACCUGGAGAUGCACAGAAGGAUGCAAGAAACGCUGGCACUGUUGAUGAAGGUAGUGAAGUGCCAGGUAUAGAGACAAAGUUGAGCACUGGUGUUUCUUCUGCUGAUGAACCUGAAGUAGAUGCAUUUCACCGACUAAAUAAUGUUAAUAUCAUUGGCAACCGUGCACGAAGCUCAACUUUCAGCCUUGAAGAGAUGUCAUUUAAGAUUUGCUUAGUGGGACAACUUCAUCUUCUUUCUUCUACAGUGACUAUGCUGGCUGUACCAUCACCUUCUUUAACAGCUACUUUGGCCCGUGGGGGAAACUAUCCUGCUGUUGCUGUUCCAUUAGUUGCUUUGGGAACUCAAAAUGGUACAAUUGAUGUGAUUGAUGUCUCUGCUAAUGCUGUUGCCGCGAGUUUCUCUGUUCAUAAUAGUACUGUUCGGGGGCUACGGUGGCUUGGAAAUUCUAGACUUGUUUCAUUCUCCUAUACCCAGGGGAGUGAAAAAACAGGAGGCUAUAUCAAUAGACUUAUUGUGACCUGUGUCAGAAGUGGCCUUAAUCGACCAUUUCGGGUUUUACAAAAGCCAGAGCGUGCACCCAUAAGAGCUUUAAGGGCUUCAUCAUCUGGAAGGUAUCUUUUGAUUUUAUUUCGUGAUGCACCUGUAGAAGUGUGGGCAAUGACAAAGACUCCAAUAAUGCUUAGAUCAUUAGCUCUUCCAUUCACUGUAUUAGAAUGGACUCUGCCAACAGUUCCACGACCAGUUCAAAAUGGACCUUCUAGGCAAUGGUCAUUAUCCAAAGAUCGUACAGCUAUGACAACUGCUGAGACAUCUUCCCCAACAAAAGCAUCUUCAAUCGAUUCUAAGAGCAUGAGCUCAGAUGGAUCACAGGAUGACUCUUCUGAGAGUUUUGCAUUUGCUCUGGUAAAUGGUGCACUAGGUGUAUUUGAGGUUCAUGGACGAAGGAUCCGAGACUUCAGACCGAAAUGGCCUUCUUCUUCAUUUGUUGCAUCAGAUGGAUUGAUUACAGCCAUGGCUUACCGCUUGCCUCAUGUGGUUAUGGGGGACAGGUCAGGAAACAUACGGUGGUGGGAUGUGACAACUGGGCAAUCUUCAUCAUUUAACACUCACAGAGAAGGAAUCCGGAGAAUCAAGUUUUCACCUGUUGUUCCUGGAGAUUGUAGCCGUGGGCGUAUUGCUGUACUGUUUUAUGACAAUACAUUUUCUGUAUUUGAUCUUGAUUCACAGGACCCUUUAGCCAAUUCCCUUUUACAACCUCAAUUUCCGGGAACCCUUGUACUGGAACUUGAUUGGUUGCCUUUGCGUACUGAUAAGAAUGAUCCACUAGUGUUAUGCAUUGCUGGAGCUGACAGUAGCUUUCGCCUUGUUGAGGUUAAUGUAAAUGACAAAAGGGUUGGGUAUGAACCCCGGCCUAGAUCCAUGAAAGAGAGAUUCCGACCAAUGCCUUUGUGUUCUCCCAUAUUACUUCCUACAUCGCAUGCUUUGGCCUUGCGCAUGAUCUUGCAACUGGGUGUGAAGCCUGCAUGGUUCAAUACAUGCAGUACCAUCAUAGAUAUGAGGCCCGGAACUGCAUCAUCAACAGGAGAUCUUCGUAGUUAUAUGAUCGAUUCACCACCUGUAGGUGACUCUGUAGUGCCAGAGUUGCUUCUUAAGGUAUUGGAACCUUACAGAAAAGAAGGAUGCAUACUUGAUGACGAGAGGGCAAGAUUAUAUGCUUCUAUAGUAAAUAAAGGUUGUGCUGCGAGGUUUGCUUUUGCAGCUGCAACCUUUGGUGAAUCCAUAGAAGCACUAUUCUGGUUACAGUUACCUUAUGCCCUUGACCAUUUGAUGAAUAAGUUGGUUAAGAAGGCUCCACAAAAAGCCCCAGUUCCAGAAUCAAUUCCCGAGCUCGAUGACACAGCCAUGUUGAGUAGGAUAACAUCGAAGGGUAAACAAACACCCGAAACAGGGAAAACAGAUGUAUUGAGUAAUGGUCUACUUAAGUUGAUGGCUUUUGAGCAAGGAGAGUUGUGGGGAAGUGCAAAUGAGCGUAUUACUUGGCAUGAGAAGUUGGACAAUGAAGAAGCUAUUCAGAACCGUGUACAUGAGCUUGUGUCAGUCGGGAACCUAGAAGCUGCUGUUAGUUUACUGCUUUCCACACAUCCAGAGAGCACUUACUUCUAUGCAAAUGCUUUGCGUGCGGUGGCUCUUUCAUCUGCUGUGUCAAGGUCUCUGCUUGAACUGGCAGUUAAGGUUGUUGCAGCCAAUAUGGUUAGGACAGACAGGUCAUUGUCAGGCACACAUCUUCUCUGUGCUGUUGGGAGGUAUCAAGAAGCUUGUUCUCAGCUGCAAGAUGCUGGAUGCUGGACAGAUGCUGCAACAUUAGCUGCAACACAUUUGAAGGGAUCUGAUUAUGCAAGGGUGUUACAGAGGUGGGGUGAUCAUGUUCUUCACAUGGAAAAUAAUAUCUGGAGGGCUCUCAUUUUGUACGUUGCAGCUGGUGCAUUGCAAGAGGCACUGGCUGCACUUCGUGAGGCACAGCAACCAGACACGGCUGCCAUGUUCAUACUUGCUUGUCGUGAAAUCCUUGCUGAUAUAAUCUCCAGGUUAGGUUUGGAUGAAGAAUCAAUCAAGGAUAAACGAUUACUCUUGCCCAGGUUAAACCCCGAAAACGAAGAUGUUAUUGCUGUUGGUGAAUAUUUCGGGCAGUACCAAAAAAAACUAGUGCAUCUGUGCAUGGACUCACAGCCAUUUUCUGACUAAGUGACUUGGCCAAUUUAAAUGCCAAUUAGUCCGUGUAAUAUUUCUAUGAAUUCACUAUUGGGGCAACAAUUCAUUGCCGGUUGAAGAUGUCACUUUUUCGAGUUCCAAUAGUAGUGCUGUUUUAGGGCCAAAAGUUGUAUUUUGGGGAUAUUUCCGAUUGGAUGAGAUUAGAAAAAACUGGAGAGCUUUUAUCUCAGUUUCAAAGAACUUCUUCUUGGAUGAUAGGUGAGUCAGUUAUAUCUGGAAAAUUUGAACGCUGUUAACUUGGCAAAGUAGCUUAUUGUAGACUUGUAGAAGUUGUUACUGAGAGUGAUGACAGUGCAAGCUCAUGUAGAUGGCAUUUCAUUGUAAUUUCUAGGCUUCACAUUGAAUUAAAUUAUUCUUUUUUUGUAGACAUGUAGUGGAAUGUGUCAAAGGAACCAUUGUAUACUGACAAGAUUGGACAAAUUCAUAUAUCUUUGUAAACUCAAUUGUCUUUUGUAAAUUCAAUGAUUUUUGAGUCAUUAGUCCA